AUGGCGUGCUGCCUCAGCGAUGAGGUGAAGGAGUCCAAGCGGAUCAACGCCGAGAUCGAGAAGCAGCUGCGGCGGGACAAGCGCGACGCCCGGCGCGAGCUGAAGCUGCUGCUGCUCGGCACCGGCGAGAGCGGGAAGAGCACGUUCAUCAAGCAGAUGCGCAUCAUCCACGGGGCGGGCUACUCGGAGGAGGACAAGCGGGGCUUCACCAAGCUCGUGUACCAGAACAUCUUCACGGCCAUGCAGGCCAUGAUCCGCGCCAUGGAGACCCUGAAGAUCCUGUACAAGUACGAGCAGAACAAGGCCAAUGCGCUCUUGAUCCGCGAGGUGGACGUGGAGAAGGUGACGACGUUCGAGCACCGCUAUGUGCACGCCAUCAAGACCCUGUGGGACGACCCUGGCAUCCAGGAGUGCUAUGACCGCAGGCGGGAAUACCAGCUCUCCGACUCCGCCAAGUACUACCUGGCAGACGUGGACCGCAUUGCCACCUCGGGCUACCUGCCCACCCAGCAAGACGUGCUUCGGGUCCGUGUGCCCACCACUGGCAUCAUCGAGUACCCUUUCGACCUGGAGAACAUCAUCUUCAGGAUGGUGGACGUGGGGGGACAGCGGUCUGAGCGGAGGAAGUGGAUCCACUGCUUCGAGAACGUGACGUCCAUCAUGUUCCUCGUGGCCCUGAGUGAAUACGACCAGGUGCUGGUGGAGUCGGACAACGAGAACCGCAUGGAGGAGAGCAAAGCCCUGUUUCGGACCAUCAUCACCUACCCCUGGUUCCAGAACUCCUCGGUCAUCCUAUUCCUCAACAAGAAGGACCUGCUGGAGGACAAGAUCCUGCACUCCCACCUGGUCGACUACUUCCCCGAGUUCGACGGGCCACAGCGGGACGCGCAGGCCGCCCGGGAGUUCAUCCUGAAGAUGUUUGUGGACCUGAAUCCCGACAGCGACAAGAUCAUCUACUCCCACUUCACCUGCGCCACCGACACGGAGAACAUCCGCUUCGUGUUCGCGGCCGUCAAGGACACCAUCCUGCAGCUCAACCUGAAGGAGUACAACCUGGUCUGAGCCGCCGCGGGGGCCGCCGGCUCCGCUCGCGGAAGAGUUGAUUUCGUUUGCAUAUUUUUAACAAAGGGUUUUUAUUUCACAGUUAUCAGGGGACCUACGUCUUUCUUUCUAUACACCUUGUGCACCUUCUCACCCGUGUCAGCGGCGAGGCCGCCUUUUCCUGGCCUUGACUCGUGGCUCGCUUUUUUC